AUUUUAAGGUGUCAUGUCCACAAGAUGAUAUUAAAAAAUGGAUGAGAGAUCUUCAGCAUCGAGUUCAGUGUCAAAACUCUCUGCUGACGAGAAUAACAUUGAAGUUGUACUUAAUCCGUCUUCUCCCAACGAUGCUGCUUUACAGAAUAUUUCAUCAAAAGGAACCUCAGAUAGCAGGUUAUUAUGUCUUAUGCAAGGAGGAAAGAAGGGAUCACUUGAACCUUGUUCUGAUCAAGAAAAAGAAAUGAAAUUACUUCAACUUUCGAGUCAGCUACCAUGUUGCAGUACAACGGAAAUUGCCACAGAUUUUACUGAUAAAAUCGUUUUCGACCCAAAUGGUUUGUUCAUUCCAUGGGAACUAUAUUGUUAUAUGGGAUUUGAUUUAUUACGACCGCUUGCAAAGUUGCAAACACUGCAAAAUAUGAAUCUGUAUCAUGCAAUACGAAAUGAAUUACGACGACGAGGUAAAAAUGGUGGUCUCGAAAUGUUGGACAUUGCUCGUGAAAUAGCAGUUCCAGGUUAUUUUCGUGAAAUUCGAGCUCUGUGGAACAGUUACAGUGAUGCAGUGGAGAAUGAUUUCGAAUUUGCUUUCAUACGGAUUAUAUCUUUCUUGCAUUGGGCUAAUGUUAACAUUCAUUCACUAACUGAUCUUGGACCACUGAAUGUUGAGAAGCUCAUGUUGUGUUACAAUUGCCGUUGGGGUGAAACAUCCACAGCACGGAAACGCUUUGACUCAAUCAUGCGCCAGAUAUUGUUCGAUAUGAAAGACUUAUUAGCUUUGCGAAGUUGGUGUGGUGUACUGCGCGAAAAAACAGUCAUUGAUUUAGCAAUGAUUCGUGCGGAGUACCUUACGGUUUUGGAUCUUGGAACAAUGGUAGCAAAGGGACCAUUUAAAAAAUGGAAUUUAAAGGAAUUGUUUCCGAAGCUAAGAAAUUUGGAAGAUUUUACAUGGCUCAAUUGUGAUGUCCGUACCUUAGUUUAUCUUGUAUCUGUCAACUCUUUAAAACGAUUGGUAUUACAUAUAACUAAGUUCGAUCAGAUAUUUUUCGAUCAGUUUUUCGCACGAUUUGGUUUUGAUGUCGGUGCAGAUUUGAGGGAACCAGAAGAUAAUGAGACAGGAAGGCAGAAAAUCCUUCCUUUGACGCAACAACGUUUUAUUCAUGAUGAUCCUAAGUCUUUCUCCAAUAUUUCUGUCUUACAGUAUAGAACUCAGGAAGCGCCGUCAUUAUCCACUUCCUUAGUACAGUCAGCCUUCACUGAUUUAGUUCAGGAGAAAGAAACUGGCGAUCGGGUUUGGUUCUCCAUGAAACCACCAACAAAAAAAGUGCAUCUUGAUUACGCUGCUCUGUCAUUCACUUAUGCAAUCUUGCAAUCCGAAGAAUGUUAUUCAGGAAACUGGUCUAAUAAAGUUCAACUGCCGCGACCUGAAAGAUUUCUUGUCCCAUUGGUAGUAAUCAAAGCCAAUACAGUUGUUUUAAAUCUUCCGCCUACUUCGCAUCAGCUAAGCUUGCUAAAUUUGGGAUCACCGAAAAGGAAGUUCAGUAUUGGAUUUCCAAAAGAAAUCUGCGCAAAUAUAAAACCAAAUCGAAUAUCAUACGGAAGUGUUGUGCAAAUUCUUGAAAGUGGACCGGGAAUGUUUGUGGAGGAAGUCGAAAUUCAUGUUAUGUUCGAUUAUUACCGCAAGGAACGAGUGAUUCACUUGUUUAAUCUAGCCAUGAUGAAAUUCUUUCCAAAAAUUUUGCGUCUUCAUUUUACUGCUGCUGGGAGAAGUAUGAAGAAAUACUAUAAAUGGCCACGUUUGGUAUCAGAUAGCACUCUAUUCCUGCGUUUUUUGACGGUUUUCGAGCUAACUCUUAACUGUUUGACGUUUCAUAUUCCAAACGUGACUUCUUAUUCUUCAAUGCCAGAGCUUAAAGAAGUUUAUGUAACAUUAUGUGGUCUUCCACACAAUGAACAUGCGACGAUUCGAAGCGUCAUGGAAUUCUUCCGAUUUUUCAUGCAACCAAAAGACAAUCUCAAGACAGUCAUAUUUCGAACCAAUGCACCAUACUUUUUUGCAUUUUUCGAAACGUUAUCAUUGGAGACAGCCGGGGUCGCCAUGAAUUGCAUACCUAUUCGACUGGAAACUUUGGGAAUCGUGUGCUGCGUUCCUGAAACGAAGACGCAAAAUCUGUCGAGUUGCAUAUGUAAUGCAAUUGAAAGUAUCCGUCAUAAUUUACGAAAACAACUGAAGAAGCUAAUUUUGGAUGGUCGAGUUUGGGGUGCACUUUCUGCCGAACAUUUUGCAUAUGUUCAGAAUCUUUUACCAGAUUGUACGUUGGAAGCAGAGCUCGCGCCAGAUGACUGUAAAGAUCUUAAGUAUGGUCGUAUUUAUGGAAGUGAUGGUGUCAGAAAUAAGAAUACUGAUAAUAUUUGCAACGCAGACAGUAGUGAAUCGGAAGGUAGCGAAUCUCCAGCAUUGGACGAUGGCGACGAAUGUUUAAUGAGAUCUGAUUAUUCUGAUACCACGGAAGAAAAAAGUGAAAAUCGAACAUUUGCAGAAAUUUUCGCCUCGAAAGUUAAAAAAGAAGGUGGUUUGGGGCUUUUGGAUGUAGAGAAAGGAGAAAUUGUGAACUAA